AUGGACUUCCAGAACAGAGCUGGAGGAAAAACAGGUGGGGGUGGUGUUGCUUCUGCUCAGGAUGCUGGUGUGGAUCGAAGAGAGCGGCUGCGGCAGUUGGCACUGGAAACAAUUGACUUGCAAAAGGAUCCGUAUUUCAUGCGAAAUCAUUUGGGUACUUAUGAGUGCAAACUGUGUCUAACACUCCACAAUAACGAAGGAUCCUAUCUUGCCCAUACUCAGGGUAAAAAGCAUCAGUCGAAUUUGGCAAGAAGAGCGGCGAAGGAGGCACAGGAGCAGCCGUUUCUUCCUGCACCGGCCCAACCAAAAAUUGAACUGCGAAAGUUCGUCAAGAUUGGUCGGCCUGGUUACAAGGUGACACGAGAGCGUGACCCAGCCACAGGACAACAGGCUCUUCUUUUCCAAAUUGAUUAUCCUGAAAUUGCUGAAGGUGUGCAGCCAAGGCACCGCUUCAUGUCCGCUUAUGAACAGAAGAUUCAACCGCCUGACAAGAGGUGGCAAUACCUACUUUUUGCUGCAGAGCCUUACGAGACAAUAGGUUUCAAAAUCCCAUCCAGGGAAGUGGACAAAUCUGAAAAAUUCUGGACAAUGUGGAAUAAGGACACGAAACAGUUCUUUUUACAGGUAACAAAUUUGUUGUUUUCAGAUGCUUCAUUCUUUUUCCAACGUGUAUAG